CAUUCCACCAUAGACCUACCUACUCAGUGCGCAUUGGGACCCUGCUUGCCGGAAACAUCCCAAGAGCAGCAGACUCUGCAGAUUCCUGACCAGAAGAAGGGAUACCGCUUACUGCCUCUGUUGGUCAAUCAGUCUGGGGCAGAACUGAGGACAAGGUCAUAUUCUAGUAGUGGAACAGUGACCCCGGAAUAUCAUGGUGAUGUCGGCAUUAUCUGGUGAUGCAGCAUCCGAGAAGAAAUCUGCUACUGCAGACAAGCUACAGCAGCGGCAUAAGCAGGGAAUCGUGCUUCGAACCUGCCGCAGCCAACCAACACAAUGGAUUGACUGCUUUCAGUCCAACCUUGUAGGGUUCACAAUACAAUUGCAACGUGUUGCCCCACAACAGACCAUGGCUCUGAUUGCUACCUAGGCCUCUCGCAGCUGCUUUCGUCGUCACGCCAGUCGCAAUCGAAUACAUUCAGUCUGUGAGAAGGAUCUGAUAUCCUGUCUGGGAUAUCUUUCGAGAGCCAUGGCAUGCAACAGGACAGCUGGGGCGUACAAUUUGGAUUCACCCUCUGUAAUCAUCCCAUCUCCGAUAGCCGGACCAUACUUAGUUUGCCUAUUUUCGCAUCUUGCAACCUUCCUCCUCGUACGACUGCGGUUCCUGACCUGCCCAUAACCCCUAGCUUGUAUACUCCAAACAUUGAUGGAUAUUGAUUGGGUAAUUGAUUAGAAGAAUCCGGGUCUCAUGGUCUACUCAUGGGAUCACUGGAUUGGUUGG